GACGCCCCGCUUUCCCCUCGGCAAAGGAGCGAGCAACCCCCCUCGGGUCGGCACGACCCCUUCUUGUGUUCUCAUGGAGAUCAGAGCCUGCCUCCCGGACCCACUUUCUGCAGAGAUGCAAAGUUGAGGCGCAUUCCCGGCCGGGAUGGUGAUGGUGAUGGUGACGUCUCGGAGGAGUUGAUCUUUCCGUCGGUCUCCCCCGUUUCUCGCCGCCGCGCGCUGCUGCGUCUUCGUCCGUGCGUCGCCGACUCUCGGAGCACACGCUCUCUGUCCAACAUGCUGGAUCUGGCGCGGCGCGUCCUCCUCUCCUCCUCCUCCUCCUCCUCCUCCGUCGUCGUCGUCUUCUUCUUCUUCUUCUCCUCCGCGCUCCUCUGCUCCGUCCGCGCGUCGUGCCCGCCGCGCUGCGAGUGCUCGGAGGCGGCGCACACCGUGAAGUGCGUCUCCAAGGAGCUGCGCGGUGUGCCGACGGGGAUCCCUGGCUACACCAGGAAUCUGUUCGUGACCGGGAACCAGAUCGGUCGCCUCGGUCCGGAGUCUUUCAGGGGUCUGGAGAACGUGACCAACUUGUCUCUGAGUAAUAACAGAAUUUCCGAGGUGGAAUCCCACACGUUCGCCGGACUCCGCAGCCUCCGCUCCCUUGACUUGAGUAACAACCAGCUGGCGGUCAUUCACCCAGAGGCCUUCACCGUCCCGAACCAGACGCUGCGAGAGCUCAACCUGAGCCGGGCCCUCUACAACCACUCGUCGGUGAUGGACUUGGCCACGUCCUUACGCUGGAGCUCCCUGGGGAGCCUGCAGGGACUGGACCUGUCUCACAACGGCCUCAUCUAUUUGCCGUCACACAUCUUCUCCCACCUGUCAAGCCUGCGGCGGCUCCAGCUGUCCAAUAACUCUCUGGUGGCGAUCCACAACGCCACCCUGUCAGGCCUGGAGCGCCUGGAGGAGCUGGACCUCUCGCUCAACGCCCUCAAGACGUUUCCCGAGGAGGGCCUGCGAGAGUUGGACUCUCUGCCCGGAGCAGCUCUCCUGCUGGGGGAGAACCCGUUCACGUGCACGUGUGGAAUUGAACCCUUUGCCCUGUGGCUCAACAGGUCGCAGGAGCGCAUUCGAAAUGUUGACAGCCUCGUGUGCUCCUUCCCGGCCAGCAUGAGAAACACGUCCAUGCUCGCGGUGGGCACAUUGACUCUAGGGUGCCACCAGAGGGGUGCAGGGGCAGACCUCGCCUUGCAGACCUCUUACGUCUUCCUCGGCAUAGUCCUGGGCUUCAUCGGCCUCAUCUUCCUGUUUGUGCUGUAUCUCAACCGCAAGGGUAUCAAGAAGCGGAUCAAUGACCUGCGGGACGCUUGCAGGGAGGUGUGGGAAGGCUACCACUACCGCUUUGAGAUAGACUCUGACCCCAGGUUAUCACAGAUCUCCACAGGCGCUGAUGCGUGAGAGGACAAUCACCCCCGGUGCAUUUUCAUAUGACUCUUUUCUAAUGCAUUUAUCAGUAGAAAGAUUGUAAAAAUUGUACAGAUUUGUGUGUAAAUAUAUAUAAACACAAUUGUGUUAAGCCUUUCAGCCCUGUCGAUUAAAGCAUGCAUGUUCCUCGUCGGGCAACUAAUAUUCUCCUUUAGUUCAGAAUGUUUUGGAUUUCUUUGUUCUGUCAGACAAAAUGUUCUAAAUAGAGUUCAUGGUUUGACUUUUCUCAUUAUCCUUGCCUGCUCCUUAUGAUCGCGUGAACAGUAAGUGCCUAAAAGUCAGGUUGGUAUUGUUUACCGACCAAUUAAGUGAUUUGAACUCAACCCACUUUUGGAUCGCGGCACACUUUCAUUCAGUACUCUGUCGGAUCUACUGGCGUGUAAAAACAAAGCGACAAAACGCUGCAAUAAAAAUCCUGACACUAUGAAAACAAACCUCUGGCAGUGUCAAGCACAAUCACUCAUUCAUCUUUGAACCGUUUCAAGCCCUUUGGUCACUUCGUCCUUCCGCCCCGGGGUGCCAGAAAGGAAUUAAGCCUCCAAGCUUGACUUAAGCCAUCCCUGAAAUCACCACUCUCCUUUUCUUUGGCUGUUGGAUUGAGAAAGUGGUGUGGGGGGGGGAUCUCCUAGCCCCCUCAUUUUUUUUUUCAUGAAACGUUGCUUUGUUUCAACCCCUUGAGUUUUAUUGUCAGAAUGAUGAGAACCAGUCCGGGCUGAGGCUGCUGAAAGCAAUCCCCCCUCUCUGCUCAAAGACAACAGUCCCUCUGGAGGCUCUUUGAAGGAAAAGUCUGGCUCUCCACAUUUUUCUGUUUAGGGGAUUUUUUUUUUCUUCUUCCAAUGAUAAGAUACAGAUGAUUCUCAAACACCAGCUACAUUGUUUCAUUCAGCAUUUUGCUCUGACCGGUUAUGUAGUGCUCCUUAUGAAAAGAAACAAGACUAUGUUCUUUAUCUUUUGAUUAUUAUCUACAUUGGAUGCCUUUAAAGUCGGUGUCCUUUCAAAGCAAGUUGUUUCCUAAGAUCAUUUCCUUACAAUAACACUGAAAUCCAGAGAUGUAAAAAAAAAAAUAUAUAUAUUUCUUUGUCAAAUCCUAAGCCAUAUGUCUUGCAUGCAUGUUUAAAAUAUAACCUCACAGUGAAUGAAUCCAAAACAAAAUAUGAUAAUCCUCUGUUCUUGAAUGUCACAUAUGUUGUUCCCAUUUUUUUCUUCCAAAUGGCGACAUGACAGCAGCAAGUGAGACAAACACACGCAGAGAGAAGGGAUGGCAAUCUGCCAUUGCUCAAAGUGUUUAUUGCCCAAACUGUUUGCUAUCUAGGUAUUUGGAUUGGAGGGGUGGGGCGGGGGGGGCAGACUCCCAUUGUUCAAAAGCCAAAGUAGCAUCUUCACCCUUUUCUGAUGUUCUGCAAGCUCCUCUCUUUACCGCAUGUGGAAAAAAGUAAAUAAAACGUUAUGAAGUCUG